UGCAGACGACAGACGGAAAGAGUUAGUUGACUUACAACAUUCAUUGCAAGUUUAGGAAAGUUCUCUGGUUACUCAAAUGUCUUCUCCUUCUUUAAAUACCUCAUUAACAUCAUCUCCCCAGAAAGAAAGAGAUAGCAAAGAAAGGGAAAAUCCUGAUGAAAACUUUGAUCAGUUUGAUGAUGAAGAAGCAGACUUGCACUAUGGAUCUACAUCAUCAGGCAGAAAACGUCUUUUUAGCAAAGAGCUCCGUUGCAUGAUGUUUGGAUUUGGUGAUGAUCAAAAUCCCUACACAGAAAGUGUUGAUUUGCUAGAAGACUUGGUCAUUGAAUACAUCACAGAAACGACACACAAGGCAAUGGAAACCGGACGGACGGGCCGUGUUCAAGUAGAAGACAUGGUAUUUUUGGUCCGAAAAGACACACGCAAAUUUGCUCGUGUCAAAGACCUCCUUACGAUGAACGAAGAACUGAAGAAGGCCCGUAAAGCUUUCGACGAAGUAAAAUAUGCUGGCGUUUCAUAAUCCUCUUGGACUAACCAGAAAACGCAUGGACCGUCUCUUGUGUAUAUCCCGCAGAAUCAAGCAACCUUUAAAAAAAUGAUAAUAAACAAUCGUAAUCUUUUUCAACUA